AUGAUAGAGAUUAUACUUUUCUUUUUUAUUACAGCCUUUUGCGAGUUAAGAAUCUCAUACCCUCCAGAACUAUAUAAUCUUUAUCCUAACAAUAUUGUCCCUUCUGUUACUGCUAAUCUCAGAAGAUUUCCAACUUACACUCAAGGUAGUGUUGGAUUUUUACCAAACGAUACAAAUCCAUGUGUCAGAAGCUCAUGGCCUCAAUUUGCAAAUUACACAGUGUUUGCUAUUAUGGAUAUAACUUGCCAUUACUCAACUGUUGUUCACAUUGCCGAAGAAAGAAAAGCUCAAGGUGUCAUUUUUGUGCUGAAUUUAACUAGUUCAAGAUUAAAAGAAGUUUUGAUAUCUCCAGGCAGUCAGACCACUAUAUUUGUUGCAGGUAUUUCAAAUGAGUAUAUUGAUAUGUGAAGAAAAUUCGAGCAGGGUGUAAUAUUGGUUGAACUUGAUCGCGACAGGAUAUAUUCGGAAAAACCAAGAAUUUCGAUAUCACUUACGGGAAGUUUUAUUCAUGAUGCAGAUUUUAUCAAAGAAUGAUAUUUUUAUCUAUUUCCUAUUUAUAAAAGCGAUGUGGAUAUAGACUUAUCCUUUAAUUAUUCAUUUUCAUGCUCUGAUUGUAGCCCAAAUGACUGUUAUUCUAAUAAUAAAUACUGCAUGAUUGAUGACAUAAAUCAUUUUUCAGGAAGAAAUAUGAUUGAUAGAACACUAAUGGAAAUCGCUUUGCUUGAUUAUAUAAAAAAUCACGAUAUAUUUUUAGGCGCUUUUGCUAUAUUUUUAUAUGAACUAGGAAAAUCUUGCGAAUAUGAUUACUCGAAGAAAUGCAGUGGAAAUGUUUUAAAUUGGCUCAAAGUUGACUUAGAAGAAAUUCAGAAUAGAAUUGACAAAUCCUGGAUAUCAAAUAUGAAUGAAGUACGCGCAGAUAAUUAUAUACUCAGAAGCCAAUAUAACAAAUGGAUAAGUAAAAGCUAUUUUGAACCUAUACCAAGCAUUUCCAUAGGUAAUAUUACGCUUUGCUUAAAUCAAGGAUACGGUCUCCAAACGUAUAUAUGCAAUUAUAUUUCAUAUACAUCAUAUGUCUGUGAUGAUACCUGUAAUAAGAAUUGCACAAUUGGCGAUUUAAGCGAUGGCUAUUGUGAUCAAAAUUGUGAAACAGAUUCUUGCUUUAAUGAUAUUCAAGAUUGCAAUAGUUUGCUUCAUUUUUGUGAUGACAUUCACAAUCGUGUUUGUAAAUAUAUCUCUGAUGGCGGUGAUGAAGGCUUAGACACAGGCUCUAUAAUAGCAAUUUCAAUUUUUAGCAGUAUUGGAUUUUGCUUUUGGUAA